AUGACAGUCGCGAUUCCAACACCUAUCAAUGGCGAGGUGCCAAGUGUACCUGGGCUUAACGGUCUGAACGGUACUAAGGGCCUUAAUGGAACAAAUGGAACAAAUGGAGCCAAGACAACAUCUAAGCCAGCUGUCAAUGGAAACCAUGGAAUCAAUACUCCAAACCAAUAUUCGAUCCCUCUGAACAACGAGCAUGCAUACAAGCCUAGAAAAUUGCGUGUGGUCACUAUUGGCGCUGGUUUCUCGGGUCUCUUGAUGGCACACAAAAUCCAGCAUCGAUUUCCAGAAUUACAAGAGUUUGUGGACCAUACCAUCUACGAGGCUCGAAGUGAUGUCGGUGGCACAUGGUUGAUUAACACCUAUCCCGGUGUCCAGUGUGAUGUCCCAUCUCAUAUCUACGCUUUUCCAUUUGAUCCGAAUCCAGACUGGAGUCGAUUUUACUCCAGUGGAGAGGAGAUUCAGAACUACAUAAAAAGCACUGUCAAAAAAUGGAACUUGGAUCGAGACCUCCAGCUGAAUACCAAAGUUGCUGGAGCGUAUUGGGAAGAAGAUGCCGGACGAUGGAGAUUGAUUAUUGAACAUAACGGCGAACAACGUCAGGAGUACUGCGAUAUUCUCGUCUCGGCUCAAGGUGUUUUAGUCCAUCACUCAUGGCCUGACAUUCCAGGCUUGCACGAUUUCAAGGGUCACAUCACUCACUCUGCUCAGUGGGAUCAUGAUUAUGACUACUCCAAUAAGCGCAUCGCCGUCAUUGGAAAUGGCUCAUCUGGCAUUCAAAUCACUCCACAGAUGGCCAAACUCCCGGGUACGGAAGUAGUCAAUUUCAUGCGCAGUCCUGCUUGGGUCUAUUACCGCGUACCACCUUCCAAGCACCUUGGAAGGGACGUCGAAGAUGCAAAUCCCGCCUAUGCAGAGGAAGAGAUACAACAAUUCAAUGACCCCGAGUCCCACAAAGUCUACCGAAAAGGGAUCAUUUCUCGAACAAACAAGGCUUUCCGCUUGUUUAUCAAGGGCGAGAACAAUGAGGCUGCAGUAAAGUUUGGGGGACAGCAGAUGGCUGAAAAGCUCAACCAUGACCCAGAGCUCUGUGAGAAAUUAAUCCCGAAGUGGGAGGUAGGCUGUCGUCGCGUUACCCCGGGCCCAGGCUAUUUGGAAGCCUUCAGUCGGCCAAACUGCAAUCUCAGUAAUAGCCCAAUUACAAAGAUCACCGAAAAUGCAGUGCACACUGAAGAUGGCAAAGUCUUUGAGUGUGAUGUUGUCAUUUGCGCAACUGGCUUUGACGUCUCUCAUCGUCCUCACUAUCCUAUAGUUGGCCAAAAUGGGGUCAGCCUCGCAGAUAAAUGGGCUAAGGAGCCCGAGUCCUACCUCUCUGUUUCAACAUCAGGAUUCCCUAACUACUUCAUCAUGAUGGGUCCAAAUUGUCUCGGCGGUCACGGCUCAUUAGUGGAGUCCCUCAACUGGACAGGAGAUUACUUCGUAAAAUGGAUCAAGAAGAUCGCCACAGAGGAUAUCAAAUACGUUGCACCUAAGCGGUCUGCCGAGGAAGCUUUUGUCAGGUAUGGCGAUGAGGUUCACAAGACCCUUGUUUGGACGGGUAGUUGCAAGAGCUGGUACAAGCGAAAUCGAGUCGAUGGCCGUGUUACAGCUCUGUUCGGUGGCAGUGCAAUUCUCUUCCAUCGUUUGAUCAGUGAGCUUCGGCCUGAGGAUUUCGAGAUUGAAUACAACAGCCGCAACCCGUUCCGAUUUAUGGGUACUGGCUUUACUGAGUUUGAGAUGACAGAAGGGAAUGAUCUGUCUUUUUACGUUGAGGCUGCAGAUCCAUCUCCAUCUUGUGAAUAG